AUGAGCGUUAGCUCAAAUACCAGGGCCAAAAAAAGCAAGGACAACCUAGUCUUGAAGCCCAACGUUAUUGGUGAAGUUAAAUUUAACCCAACAAUGAAAAAGGCAAAACCAGACAAGAAAAGCAAUAACAAAAGAAAUAAUAUACCAAUGGAAGAAGCAAACGCUGAAGCUUCAGGAAGUAAGAUAAACCCACAGAUAGUAAUAUUAACAAAUGAAAAAAUAAUAGAAGAUAACGACAAUACAAACACAGAAGUUAUGGAAGAAAUCGAAAGUAGAAAUUAUGAAUUACAAGAAGAUAUUGUAAAUGGGGAAGAAAACAACGACCAAGGUGAAAAAGUAGAAAAAGUUAGAAAAAUUUUAAAAAAAGAAAUGGCAGUUGUCCUGGUAAAAACUGAAAUAUUCAAGGACAAUAGAAUGAUUUCUAUAUUAUACGACAAUGAAGAAGAAAUGGUAAAGGGCAAGCAAUGUGAUGUGGGAGGAAACGCAGGAAAGCCUACUUACAUACAUAGGGCUAAAAUUUUCAGAAGAAAUCCAGUUAAGGAGCUAAUGCAUGGUGUGAAACUGUGGGACGUGCCGCUGGGAAUGAAAAACAAAGAACUCAAAAAAGACCUAGAAAAUAAAUAUGGUGAAAUAGAAAGACUAACCAUGAGAGUUAAUAACAUGUGGCAAUCUGCAGUUACUAUUUUUAAAGAAAAAGAAGAUACAAAAAAAGUCAUGGAAAAAUGGAGCAUUAUAAUUGGAGAAGACUCCUUGAGGAUUAUACAAAUAGAUCAAACAGCUGAUAAUCUCAAAUCUAGAGGAGAACAUGCAACCAGAAUUAUUGGUCUACCCAAUGGUAUAACAGCACGCAAGUUAUGGCCCCAUGUAGAAAAAAUUGAAGCGAGAACAUGUUAUAUCCCAAGAACAAGAACAUAUAGACAAAAAAAUGAAGCAAUUAUCUCGUUUGAAGACCACGAAACAUACAUUGUAGGUAUUGCAGAAACAAAUUGUACAGAAAAUAAAGAAAAAUGGUUCAUAGAAGGAGGAAAUAAAUAUAGAGGACAUUGGUCAUCCGAUGGAAUGGGAGCAGGUGUAGCCAUACUUGUUGCGAAAGAAUUAAACAAAUAUAUAUGUAAAGCUCAAAAGUUUAAGGGAAGAAUAAUAAUAAUAGUAAUGGGCGAUUUCAACGCUAUACCAUCGUCAAGUAUAGAUAGAAAUAACAAUAACCAAUCUAACAUCCUAGAAAGUGAAAUUUUCUCAAUAUUAACAGGAAAAGACUUAAUUGAUAGUUAUAGAACCAUACACCCUGAUUCUAGCGGUUUUACGUGGAAAAAAUGUUUCACGGAACAACUUGAAUUAGUGACAGAAAGUGAUCAUAAAAUAAUACAACUUAAAAUUAAAAAGACGUGGCAAAUACAUUUAGAUAGAGAAGUACAAGAUAAUAUAGGACCUAAAUAUAACAUAAAAUUAAUGUGCGACGAAAAAUGGAUGAAGUUUACAACACAUGUAGAAAAGAAAUUAAAAACAACCACCAUCUCGUCACGAAAAGAAAAAUAUGGGAUAACAGUCAAUUCGUUAAACAAAAACUGGAAAACUCUCAAAAAUAUAAUGAUAGAAGCUGCGGAUUGU